AGAUAUUGCAAUCUGACAGACCCAACCUGAGGAGGACACAGAGUGAGGAGUCCCCGGGUACACCUGGAUCUCACAACAGGAGUAACAGGCACUCAGUGGGAGGAACACAGGGCAGCUCCCCAGGGGGCCCCAGGGGGGGCUCUCUGACCAACGGGGAGCUGAGUGAGGAGCAGAACCCCGGCCCGGGCUCAGUCGCUCACCGUCGCUCCUCCAAAAGUCACGGGAGCCCAGGAAGCAGCGCAGACAAAGUGGAGUUGACGUCUAACGGGCUGGAGAGCAGUCGUGGGGGUGUGGCCCAUCUCACCCCUCCUCCCCCCUCUCUGUCGGGCCGAUCCCCGGUUGACAGCAGCAGCAGCCCCUCUCCGGGUCAGGACGCUCUGGGACCGGCCCCGCCCGCAGAGCCCGGCCCUAACCCCCCCCCCAACACAGAGCAGGCCAGCAACAGCAACACGGAGCCCUCCACAGAGACACUGCCCACAGGCUGGGAGCAGAGGGUGUUGCCUCAUGGCAGAGUGUACUACGUCGACCACAACACCAAAACCACAACCUGGGAGAGACCACUGCCACCAGGGUACGCCU